UCGAGUCUCUAUGACCUCUCCGGCGUCCCUGACGAAAUUUGUGAGCUCUGAUUCAGAUGAGUACGAAGAUGCUUCUGCUGAAACACCAGGUGACGCCAAGGAUCUUUCCCCGGGCUACACGAACAGGCUGUCUGUGCUGCUGGGAGGUGCUGUGAGAGUUGAGUACAAGGACAAGGAAGACAGCAUGGGAAACGCUGACAGCAGAGGGAAAGGCGAGAAGGGCAAGCACAAGAAACAUGCAGAGCAGCAGAAAGAGGGAGCUGAGAAGGCUGACUUCUCAACUGUCGAAUAUGAGGACUCUAGGCUUGCCAAUAUUGCAGGUGAAGAGGGUUCAAGGCCUGCUAAGAGGACUUCAAGUUUUGGGAAGAAGUCCAAAGCAGCCAAAGUUAAAGAAGCUGCAAAGAGGAGGAGCGAUGCCAGCACUGCAAGUGAUACUAGUGGUUCAGAAAAGUCUGGCGGCAGUGGUGGUGGCAAGUUUUGGUCCAGAGGUAAGAAAAGCGAAUCCUCCCCAUCACAGCAAAGAUCCAAGGAAGGUGAUGCUGUGAAAAAGGAACAAACUAAGAUGUCUCCAAUACAUGAUGCAAAGGAGCCACAAGAUGAGACAGAUAGAGCAAACUUGGAGAGGAAAUCUUCCGUUCAAGGUACAACAGUUCCAUGGUACCUAGGGGGCGGCUCUUCAGCCACUGCCCAGCCUAAGCCAAUGAAGGCAGCAAAGAAAGAAGCAAGGAAGGCAGAGUCUGAAGACGACUUGUCUGACUAUGAAGAUGCUGGAGAUGCCAAUGUUACAUCUGGAACAGUGGGAGGGCUUGUCCGAUCUCCAUCAGCUGGUUUAUCACUGCUUAUGAAGACCUCAGCUGGGUUGACAGAGCAAGUAGAGGCCCAAAUACAGAAAGAAAAAGCUGCAGAAGUUACAAAGCCAACUAGACCAGACUCUCUGGAAGGGAAGACUAGCAAAGGAGGGGGUACUUUAGAGAGUGCUACUGGCAAGAAGCAUAAGACUGUCCCAACCCCAGCGUACACCGUCACGAGCACAAGGCGUUUUUCGUCUCCCCGAGUUUCGCCAGCAUCAAGUCCUGUGGCCAAGCAGCGCAAGUUUCCAGUCUCUACAUCGUCCCCUCAGCUCUCACGCAAGUUGGAGAGCAGUGCUUCAGUAGACGGGGAAAGAUCAAGGAAAGAAGAUGCAGCAAAAGGUGAUAUGGGCAAGGUUGCUCGGAGUAAAUCCAUGGAUCCUGCGAGAAAAGAACAAAGUAACGCAACAUUUUCUGAGAAAAAGAGGACAUUAGCGCUUGACGGUGAAUCAUUUGAGAAGAAAGAUGAGGACGGUGAUUACGUCACCCCUCCAGAAAAGUUCAACGGUCAAGAUAACUACUCAGCAGAGUUUGUCAUCAAGAGGGAGGACUCUGCCGACACAAAAAUCAACCAGGUCGCACAGAAACUGGACACUUUGGAACAAGAGAUGCAGAAAAGUUCUGAGAAACUCACAAGCCAGAUACAGAUUGAUAGUGCAGAACAGAGAGGCACCAAGACUGGAGACGUACCAUCUUCAGACAGCGAUGCUGGUGAUUCCAUGACUGGGAAGAAGAAGAUGAAACCAGAGCCACUCACGCUGACCAGAUCAGCAUCCCCGUCUCCUCAGCUGAAGAAGGGCGUGGCACUGGGACCGCAGCCUUGGGUGUCCAGCAUGGAGAGACUGAACCAGAUCUUGUCCAUGUCUGAGAAACAAGUGCCUGAUGUGAGAAAGAAGGAAAAGUUCUUAGGGAAGAUGCUGGUGGAGUGGCUGAUGCCUGCUGACCAUGAGGAGUUUGGUCCUGAUGCCAUGGAGCUGGACCUAGCCCUGCAGUUCUGCAACAGGCUGCUGGCUGUGGGCAUCCUCCAACCCCUGGAGCAGACCUCUGCUCAGACGGAGUUCAACCCUGAGACAACCUACUGCUGGUACCACCAUGCUGCACUCCAGGGGACCAACGGCCUGAACUCACCAAGUGCAGCGCCAGGACGCAUCACCCCUGUCUGGCCGCCACCCAAGCCGGAGAGCAAGGAUGGUCUCAAGUACACAGAAGCAGAGCAUCAAUAUGCAGUCAUGACAUUGAAGAGGGAGAACAAAGACUACAUAGAACAGCUACAUCAAAAGCAUGAGCUGGCUGUGUUCCAGCUGAGAGGAGAGAAUGCAGUGAAAGUGACCAAGCUAGAGGCUGAAGUGGCCAACCUGAUUGAUCAGAUACAGGACCUGAAGAAGCUCUGCCGUCAGAAGGACAGAAGGUGGAUGUUGGAGUUGAGGCGUCCUUCGACCAGACCCGUCCUGCAGGUGUCAGCCACGGCCACCAAGUCCCAGGCCACCUGCACCUCCGAGGACGGGAUCAUCAAGGAUCUGUCAUCAGGCGGGGCCGCUGUGCCCACAGCAGUCAUCAUGGAGGGGACCCCUGCCCCCCUCCCCACUCCCCCGGGGGCUGUAGCCAGGACACCUCCACCUGCACCACAACCACCCCCUCCCCCAGGCCAGCUGUCAGGGCUGCCGUUUCAGACCCCUGUGUCUGUGGCCAAGCUGCUGGACAGCAAGAGGUCACAGCAGGUCGGUAUCCUCAUGUCCAGUCUGCACGCAGAGAUGGCCGACAUCGAGAACGCUGUUCUCAACAUGGAUACCACUCAUCUGGACCUGGAGAACCUGAAUGCUCUCUAUGAUAUUCGCCCCCAGUCAGAGGAGCUGGACAAGAUCAAGAGGCACCUGGUGGCAAAGGUGGACACCCCGCUGGACAAGCCUGAGCAGUUCCUGUAUGAGCUGUCGAACAUCCCGAGCUUCGGAGACCGUGUGUUUUGCUUCACCUUCCAGUCCCAGUUCCAGGAGAGCAUCCUGACCAUCAGGCAGAGACUCGACAACUUCAAAAAUGUCUGCAAGUGUUUAGGAACAGGGAACAGGACUCGCGGACAGGCAGAUGGUUUUCAGCUUGAGAUCCUGGCCAAACUUAAGGACGUGAAAGGAAAGGAUGGCAAGACCAGUCUGCUGCAUUACCUAGUGAUUUACUUCAUCAAUAAUUUUGACAAGGCUGCCGGCACAGAGCAUGCCAAGCUGCCCAUCCCUGAACCCAACGACAUUAACCAGGCAACCCUGGUCAAGUUUGACGACAUCGGAAAGGACCUCAGGAAACUCAAGAGAGACAUAGACGGAUGUGAGAAGAAAGUGGCUGAGGUGGUGAACUCUUCUGAAGACAAGUACAUCCAGCCCUUCAAGGACAACAUGGAGAUUUUCAUCAAGAAAGCCCAAAAGGAGCAUAAGGAGCAGGAAGACAACUUGGACUCCUGCCAGAAAAG